UUUCAGCCAAUCAGAAAUCCACACGAAGUGUUAGUGCUUCGUCAUCAGAAGCACAAAUAAGUCAAGCACGUAGUCAAAAACACAACCCGGUAAAAAUAUUUGGAAUCUUCACUUUUACAGUUCAUUUCGUGAUAAGAGGUCGUCCACUUUGAAGUUAAUGUGGAUUGGUUUGAGUGCCACGUUGGUCUGAAGAAAACGUCGAAAGUAGGAUAAAUAAUUCAUUUAUUUUGGCCAAAUAUUCACUCAAAUCAUACGAAAUGAAGCUGGGCGUAUUUGUGUUUUUACUGCAUGUGAUAAAUGUAGUUUUUUCGGAUGAAAUUGCCACCGAAGAUGGAGUCCUGAUUUUGAAUAAAGAAAACUUCAAGUCUGCAGUUUCUGACAAUGAGUUCAUCUUGGUAGAAUUUUAUGCUCCAUGGUGUGGACACUGCAAGGCCUUAACUCCGGAAUAUGCAAAGGCAGCCAAGCAGUUAGCAGAACAAAGCUCGCCUAUCAAGCUUGCAAAAGUUGAUGCAACUGAAGAACAAGACCUUGCCGAGGAGUUUGGAGUUAGAGGUUACCCUACUCUGAAGUUCUUCAGAAAAGGAAGUCCUUCUGAAUAUUCCGGAGGAAGACAAGCCGAUGACAUUGUCAGUUGGCUAUUGAAGAAAACUGGCCCACCUGCCAAGGAACUUUCAUCCGUUGAUGAAGCUAAAGAAUUCAUCGAAGCUAAUAAGGUUGCUGUGAUCGGUUUCUUCAAGGAUCAAUCCACCGAGGAAGCCAAAGCAUUCUUGGGUGUUGCUGCUGCCAUAGAUGACAUUCCUUUUGGUAUUUCUGCUGAUGAUGGCGUUUCCAGUGAGUAUGAAGCAGCUUCCGACUCGAUCGUCUUAUUCAAGAAGGUAAGCUAUAUUUUUGCUAUCCAAAAUAGAUUAAACAGUCGCAGACCUAGUACAGAGAUAUCAACCAGUAAAAAAUGUACCCACUUAGUAGAAAUCAGAUANGACGAAUCCUUCGAGAAGAUCUCAGAAGCCGCUAGGUCAGUAGCCAAACCAUUCAAAGAACAAGUAUUGUUCGUCACUAUCGACGCUGACGAAGAAGACCAUCAAAGAAUCCUAGAGUUCUUUGGAAUGCAAAAGAAAGAAGUGCCAGCUGCCAGACUUAUCAAGUUGGAGGAAGACAUGGCCAAAUACAAACCUGACAGUGAUGAUCUGAGCGCGGAAACCAUUCAGAAAUUCGUUCAGGACUUCUUGGACGGAAAACUGAAGCAGCACCUACUCAGUCAGGAUCUUCCCGAAGACUGGGAUAAGGAACCCGUUAAGGUUCUGGUUGCCAGCAACUUUGAAGAAGUGGCACUCGACACUGAAAAAGACGUUUUGGUAGAGUUCUACGCUCCCUGGUGCGGACACUGCAAACAGUUGGCUCCAAUUUACGACAAAGUUGGAAAACAUUUCAAAGACAACAGUAACAUCGUUGUAGCCAAGAUGGAUGCUACCGUCAAUGAACUCGAGUUCACUAAAGUCACGAGCUUCCCCACGCUGAAACUGUACAAAAAGGGAGAUAAU